GGCGGCGGAAAAAAAAUCGCCAUCAACAUGGCGGGCGGCAACAACCCGCGGAAAUUCAGCGAGAAGAUCGCCCUCCACAACCAGAAGCAGGCGGAGGAGACGGCCGCCUUCGAGGAGGUGAUGAUGGAGCUCAACAACUCGCGGUUACAGGCUCAGAAGGUACACCAACUCCGCCUGUCACAUACUCGAGGGCCGUAUUAUGGUGGGUCACUGCCUAAUGUCAAUGCCAUCUCCAGCAACAACGCUGAAUUCCAGAGUCCCUUCAGUUCUGUGCUGGAUUCUAGCCGUGGCACACGCCAUCAUGGAUUGGUGGAGCGGGUACAGAGAGCCAGGCUGAAUUCCCCUCACAGAAGACAGGUUGACAGCUCUCCAUACAGUUCUGCAUACCUGUCACCUCCCCCGGACACCAGCUGGAGAAGGAAUGCCUCAUCUUGGUACAACUUCCCGCUGGAGAAAGGACAUCGUUUUGGAUUAUCUUCGACCUUGAACAGGACCAACUCGGAUUCAGCGCUGCACACGAGUGUGAACAAUCCGAAUGCAGCCAGUCCGUUCGCCAGCCCUGGCCAAGCCGUGCUCAGUCCCACCAAACGAAGCGCAGGUUUAAUGGAUGGGGAACUGGACAGCCUGGGAAAAGGUUUCCCAUUCUCUGUGACACCUCAUGACAACCUCCCUGAUGAGGAUACGCUGCUGCCCAAAGGUCUCUGGGAUACCAGGAAGGUCCAGAGCGUGACGUCACGGCCAAGAUCCUGCGAGGUCCCUGGCAUUAAUAAAGCCCAGCCGCUGUUUGCUGCUCACCCUUUGGAAGAUAUGGAGGAGGCCAUGAGCUGGGCACCACCAGCCCAGCACAAGGAUGAGCUGUGGAGACGGGCCGCAAAGAAGGGUAUCUUCCCAUCACCGGAACAAGCCAGCAGCAUGUCCCACGUUUCUGGGGCACUGAACACAGGCGGGUCUCUUCCAGAUCUAACAAAUCUGCACUUCCCAUCUCCGCUGCCCACCCCACUCGAUCCUGAGGAGUCGGUCUUCUCGAGUAUCAGUGGAGGCAACAGCACAGGCAACCUCACCACGACCAUGACCCACCUGGGAAUCGGUGGGGGGUCCCUGGCAAUGGCCUCCAACUAUGAAUCAGCAGGGGGGUUGUCCUCUUCAUUACAGGGGUCUCUGAGUAACAUGUCUCUGCAGUCCUCGCUCAGUAACCCAUCACUGCAGUCCUCACUUAGCACCCAGUCCCUCAGUAACUCCUCACUGCAGUCCUCUCUCAGUAACCCCUCCCUCCAGUCCUCUCUCAGCAGUUCCUCCCUUCGUACGUCGCUCAGCAACCCGUCGCUUCAGUCACCGACGGGUAACCCUCCGCUGCAGCCCGCGGUCAACGCUGCCUCCAAGCAGUCUCCGCUGAGCACCUCGUCCCUGCACGGUUCGCUGAACAGCUCACUCCCACCGGGCUCCAUCAGCACAUCGCCUCGGAGGAGAGUCCCACUCAACCCUCUCGUCCUGUCCGGCGGUGACUCCAGGAGGACCCACAGCAAGCAAUUCUCACCCACCAUGUCCCCCACCCUCUCCUCCAUCACGCAGGGUAUUCCCUUAGAUACCAGCAAUCUUUCAAUCGACCAGCGACUGCCUCCAUACUCCUUCUGUCCACAAGCUUACCAACAGUCCCAGCAGCAAGGCUACCAGCAAUCCCAGCAGCAAGGCUACCCGCAAUCCCAGCAGCCGACGUACCAGCAGACUCAAUCCCAGCAGCAAGGCUACCAGCAAUCCCAGCAGCCAACGUACCAGCAUACUCAAUCCCAGCAGCCAACAUAUCAGCAGACGCAAUCCCAGCAGCCAACGUACCAGCAGUCUCAAUCCCAGCAGCCAACGUACCAGCAGACGCAAUCCCAGCAGCCAACGUACCAGCAGACGCAAUCCCAGCAGCCAACGUACCAGCAGACGCAAUCCCAGCAGUCUCAAUCCCAGCAGUCAACGUUCCAGCAGACGCAAUCCCAGCAGCCAAAUUAUCAACAGCCCCAGCUCUCCCAGCAGCCAGGCUACAAGCAGUCUCAACCAUCCCAGCAGCAGACGUACCAACAGCCCCAACCAUCCCAGCAGCAAGGCUACCAGCAGUCUCCGAAAACCAGCCUACCCCAGCGGCGGCAGCAGCAGGAGCCCUCCUCACGUUGUGUUCAGUCCGACAGCAACCCUGUCAGUCAAACUACACUGCUGAAUAAGUUCUUUGAAGAUGCUUAUUUUGAGCAGCAGCUCUCAAACCAGCCCACAGGUGGCCUGUCCCACCAGCUUGGGUCGUGCAGCACGGACAGGUUGGUUGCUAACGUGCCGUUGAACAUGAACACGUUGUGUGGAAACAGUGGGAGCAGCAGUUUCCAUCAGGCAGCGAUGGUCGGCCUGGGAGAGCACAGCGAGAGUCUGCAGGAGUCCCAGCUUCUGAACAAGCAGAACAUGUAUCCCUCCAAUCAAAUGGCCACCAUCCCUGAUAUCAUUCUCACAGGUGACUCCCCUCCUGACUUCUCGAAGGAGAUCACCAGUGCUCUGGCUGGUGUGCCCGGCUUCGAAGUGGAUUCCCAAUACCCUUUGGACGAUGAGCUCAAAGUGGAGCCCCUGACUCUGGAUGGACUGAGCAUGCUCAGCGACCCCAACCUGACCCUGCUGUCGGACCCCACGGUGGAGGAUUCAUUUCGAAACGAGCGUCUGUGAUAGCGGGGGCAAUGGGAGAGACUGAUGGGGGAAGGUGCAGUAGGGAGGACCCUGCUCCCUCACCCCCCCCCCCCAGCUUGGUGCCCAGCUUGGUCGGGGGGUGGUGGGGGGCGUAGGCGAAUGACUAUGUGGAGGUCAUGUGGCCGCGGGCACUGGGAGCCACGCAGACUGAAGUAACGGCCCUUUGCGGAGAGCCCAACAAGCUAGGGCACCAGAGCUUAGGAUCUCAUCCCAUUGUCACCGUGCAUGGAUUAGUCCCAGCUUCACGCUGUCCAGCGAGCUGCCUGACCCCAGGGUGCCUGGAGCUCAUCCCCAUCACUGGUGGGGACAGGGGCUGUGAUGAGAUUUCGAUAACACACACACACACACACACACACACACACACACACACACAGACGAGUACAUGAGCACAAACACGUGUGUGUUCACACACCCCACACAGACACGUGUACACACACACAGACGAGUACAUGAGCACAAACACGUGUGCACACACCCCACACAGACACACAUAUACACAAACACGUGUGUGUGCACACACCCCACACAGACACACACACAGACACAGACGAGUACAUGAGCACAGAUGUGUGUGUGCACACCCCCCACACACAGACAGACACCGACACACACUGGCAGGCGCACACACACAGACACACACAAAAAUGUAAAUACUGUGUAUUAAGCUUGUGGUCUGUAGAUGUGAAAUGACCACCUAACCUUUAAAGAGUAGAGAGAGAGAGAGAGCCCAUCAUGGGUUUCCAUUUCUCUUUGUUUUUAAAAAGAAGGAUAUUUGUGAAUAAUUACCUAUUUUACAAAAAGAAGAAAUAUAUCAAAUGAUUUAAAGAAA